UGCUAAAAGUUUAUUAAAAAAACAUACAGAAAACGAAAAGAACAGGAAAACCCUAAUUCUUCAAUUUCCUUUAAAAUAUCGCGAGAAAAUCCGACAACCGACACCAUUUUUUCCGAAUCUGCAACCUCCGCUUAUCUCUCAUUCAUCAAUUAUAAGUGAAGAUCUCAUUCACUUCGUUUCGCUCACCCUCUGGUGAAAUGCAAGGUGUAUUCUCUACAUAAUGGUACGAGAGAAAGAUGUUUGUUGGGAAUAUGCUGAGAAACUAGACGGAAACAAGGUGAAAUGCAAAUUCUGUCUUAGAAUUUUAAACGGUGGCAUAAGUAGACUAAAGCAUCAUCUUUCUAGACUUCCAAGUAAAGGUGUAAAUCCAUGUAGCAAAGUUAGAGAUGAUGUGAGCGAUAGAGUUAGGAACAUAAUAGCAUCAAAAGAAGACAUUAAAGAAGUUCCUUCAACAAAAAAACAAAAAAGAGAAGAACCCAAAUCUUCUCCUAUAACCAUCUCUCAAAAUAGAAGUCUUGUUACCCUAGAAACAUUAUCAUCUCCAAUCACCAAAAUCUUUCCCAACAUUACCCAAAAUGCCCCUAGUAAUAACCAAGAAGUUGCAGAAAGAAACAUAGCCCUUUUCUUUUUCGAAAACAAACUAGACUUCAGUGUAGCCCGUUCUUCAUCUUACCAAUUAAUGAUUGAUUCAAUCACGAAAUGUGGUAAUGGGUUUAAAGGUCCUUCACCCGAAACCCUAAAAAACAAUUGGUUAGAGAUUAUAAAAACCGAAGUCUCUUCACAAUCUAAAGAAAUUGAAAAAGAAUGGACAACAACAGGUUGCACCAUAAUUGUGGAAACAUGGACAGAUCACAAAUCAAGAACUUUAAUCAACUUCCUAAUUUCAUCUCCAUCAAGCACAUUCUUCCAUAAAUCCGUAGACGCGAGUUCUUACUUCAAGAACACAAAGUUCUUAACCGAUUUGUUCGAUUCUGUAAUCCAAGAAUUCGGUCCCGAAAACAUCGUUCAGAUAAUCUUGGACAACACUUUGAAUUGCACAAGUGUAGUGAAUCAUAUUCUCCAAACUUAUGGGACGAUAUUCGUGUCCCCAUGUGCUUCACAAUGUCUAAAUGCAAUCUUGAAAGAGUUUUCAAAGAUAGAUUGGGUGAAUCGUUGUAUCUUACAAGCACAAGUUAUUUCAAAAUUCAUAUACAAUGAUUCAUCGGUUCUUGAUAUGAUGAAAAAGUACACUGUAAAUGAAGAAAUCAUCAAAACGGGAAUCACAAAAUACGUGUCUCACUUCCUUUCAUUGCAAUCCAUCUUAAAACAACGUUCAAGAUUGAAACACAUGUUUAAUUCCCCUGAGUUCACCAACAACCCUGUGUAUGGAAAUAAACCACAAAGUAUCACAUGCAUUGAGAUUCUUGAAGACAAUGAGUUUUGGCGGGGGGUGGAGGAGUGUGUGGCAGUUUCCGACCCGUUUCUAAAGGUGAUGAGGGAGGUUUCCGGUGGGAAACCGGCGGUGGGGUCCAUUUAUGAGCUGAUGACAAAAGCUAAGGAGUCGAUUAGGACUUAUUACAUUAUGGAUGAUAUAAAGUGUAAAACUUUUUUUGAUAUUGUGGAUCAAAAAUGGCAGAGCCACCUUCAUUCACCUUUACAUUCGGCUGCUGCUUUCUUGAAUCCAGGUAUUCAAUAUAAUCCAGAAAUCAAGUUUCUUGGAUCGAUAAAAGAAGAUUUUUUUAGGGUUUUGGAGAAAUUGCUUCCAACUCCUGAAUUGAGACGAGAUAUUACAAAUCAAAUUCUGUUGUUCACAAGGGCCACAGGGAUGUUUGGAUGCAAUCUUGCUAAGGAGGCCAUUGAUGCUGUUUCACCUGGAAUUUGGUGGGAGCAAUACGGCGACUCGGCUCCGACACUACAACGAGUUGCAAUGAGAAUACUGAGUCAAGUGUGCAGCAGUUGUACAUUCGAGAGACAUUGGAGUAUGUUUCAACAAAUACAUUCGGAGAAAAGAAAUAAGAUAGAUAAAGAAACUUUGAAUGAUAUUGCAUACAUACAUUACAAUCUAAAGCUAUCAAGGGCAAAAAGGUCAAGUUUAGAGAAUGAUCCGAUACAGGUGGAGGAUAUUGAUAUGACUUCAGCAUGGGUUGCAGAGAGUGAGAACCCGACCCCGACUCAGUGGCUUGAUCGAUUUGGUUCGGCUCUUGAUGGUAAUGAUUUGAAUACCAGACAGUUUAGUAAUUCUAUAUUUGGUCCAAAUGAUCAUAUGUUUAAUUUGUAGGCCAGAUUGUAUAAAAUUAAAAACCACUAUAUUUUGGUCAUUUUUAUGGUUUAACAACUAUAUAUUUCAAUUUCAUCAAUGAAAGUUAAAGCCAAUUUUUUAAUUUUUUUUGGUGUUGACCACUUUUGACCUGUUAUGACCUCCUAUAGCAUGUCAAAGUGGUCAACAUAGAAAAAUUUGUCAAACUGGUUUGCUUUCAUUAGCAAAAUUGAAAUAUAGUAGUUAAACCAUAAAAAUGGUUAAAAUACUGUGUUUUUUUAAUGUAUUUUGCACUUAUUUGUAAUAAAUAUAACGUGAAUUAUAUUUGGUAGCAAAUGAUAUCGAUAGCCAAAGAAUUUGAUUGGUGAUCGGUUUAGGUUUGGAUUAGUAAAAGUGUACAUUUGGUAUAUCUGUACUCCCCCUCCUCCAUACAUACAUUAUUGAAUGUGAUGCAAAGACAUAAAUGUUUGGCAAAUAUAAAAUUUACCUUGUUAAUUCUAACUUUAAUCAAAUAACUUUUGUUAAAGAUAAUCAAUAAAAUGAUUUGGAUGAGUAAAUGUAUACGUUUGGUAUGUCUUGUAUCUCAUAAAAUGAUUUUUUGCGCUCUUUCAUCAUUCAUAGCCUUGUCUCAAUACAAAAGUAUAUAGCGAUGUGUUGGGUCGAUGCAACAUGCAAGAUUGUACAACUAAAUUAUUAUCACAUCUGUAAUUCUCAUAAAAGACUUCAAAUUUCAAAACAUCAUCACCAUUAAAGGAUACAAAACAUACAAUACAAGAGAAGUUCAUAUGUAAAUACUCAAUCAACAAAAUUGUACGUUCGUUUUCGUUUUUCAGAUCAAGAUUAUUCUUGACAUAAUAGUAGUUGUAAUACACGACAUAUAAUAAAAAAUAAACUAGUAGACUAAAUUAAGCACCACUCACUCCCUCCUAAAAAAAAAAAAAAAAGAA